UUUUAUUCAAUCAAUUCAGUUCUAUCCCUCUCAAACCCCAUCAGCAUUAUGUCUGCCAAAUUUGUGAUCUGCCUGGCCAUCUGCGUCGUCAGCUCGGUGUCCGCCGGAGUGAUCCCGGUCGCUGCUCCACUGGCUGCAGCCGGAGUCGUUGCACCGUACGCGACGUCCUACAAUGCUCACACGGUGAACCAUGCCAUCGCUGCACCGUACGUGGCUGCCGCUCCGGUAAUUGCUCCCGCUGCUAAGCUCGUAGCUGCUCCAGCUGUUGCUGCCCCAUUUGCCUACAGCGCGUACACUGGACUGCCCGCCUUCGGAGCGUACUCCGCGUACAAUGGAUUUCCCGGUAGUUAUGUGAUCUAAAGUGCUGGAACAGUAGUCAUGUGCUCUCUGUGUCAUUCUUCGCACUGUCGCAUUUCAUAGUGGCUGUCCGAUUUGGCGGAUAUCCUCUGUUGUAAAUAGCUUUUCGAUAGAUUAUAGGUAACUGCAAUAUAUUAAAAAAUAUAAAUUUAGAUGUUUUAUUCUAACUUGGAUGUGAUUGAAAGUUAUUGCUUUUCUGAAUCCAAUGUAUGGUUCGCCAGUGCCCAGAAAGCCACUUAUGAUCGUCCAAACAAAGUUAAAAAGACAGCGUGAUAAGGUCAUUCAAAAAAGAUGAAAUCGGCUAUAAUUUUAAAUCAUUCUAUUCACUACGAAUUGGAUUUGUCAAAAACGAAUAUUUUUUAUUGUUCACACUAAAUUAUACGCCUAAAAUUCGAGAAAGUGGAAUUCGAGAACGCUCGAAGUUGUGGUUUUUCAUCCAUAUUGUUUGAAAGAAAUAAUUAAAUUAUGGAUAUUUGCCUUAAUUAUGUUAGUGACUCUAACAGGUUGAUCAGUAGUUCAAUGUUUUUUAUAUUUUUGUGAGGCUUCAAUUUUUAAACGAA